CGCGCAUGCGCAGUGCGCGCGCAGGAAGCCAUGUUGGAUCUUCUCACUGGAUUCGGGCAGAGAUUUUUUGACACCGUAUGUUUUUCCUAAAAUAUCCGUUUUCCUUCUUCGUCGGGGUGCAUUCACCGUGCUCGAUCGGCGCCGUAGUCGGCAGAGGACAUGAUGAACUCCAGCGUGGACCUGUCCCGGCGGAACCCGCAGGAGGAUUUCGAGCUGAUCCAGAGGAUAGGAAGUGGGACCUAUGGAGAUGUGUACAAGGCCCGUAAUGUCAACACGGGAGAGCUUGCUGCUAUCAAAGUCAUCAAACUAGAACCAGGAGAGGACUUUGCUGUUGUUCAGCAGGAGAUCAUCAUGAUGAAAGACUGUAAACACUCCAACAUCGUGGCCUACUUUGGCAGUUAUCUCCGGAGGGAUAAGUUAUGGAUCAGUAUGGAGUACUGCGGUGGAGGUUCUCUGCAGGACAUCUAUCACAUAACUGGACCGCUGUCAGAGUCACAGAUAGCCUACAUGUCACGGGAGACCCUACAGGGUCUGUAUUACCUGCACAAUAAGGGAAAAAUGCACAGAGACAUUAAGGGAGCCAACAUCCUGCUGACAGACAACGGCUACGUCAAACUGGCUGACUUCGGCGUGUCCGCACAGAUCACAGCGACUCUGGCGAAAAGAAAGUCCUUCAUCGGAACGCCAUACUGGAUGGCUCCAGAGGUGGCAGCAGUGGAGAGGAAAGGAGGUUACAACCAGCUGUGUGACAUCUGGGCGGUGGGCAUCACUGCAAUCGAGCUGGCUGAGCUGCAGCCGCCCAUGUUUGAGCUGCAUCCCAUGAGGGCGCUCUUCUUAAUGAGCAAGAGCAGCUUCCAGCCUCCGAAGUUGAAAGACAAACUGAAGUGGACGAAUAAUUUUCAUCAUUUUGUCAAGUUAGCGCUGACCAAGAACCCGAAGAAGAGACCCACGGCGGAGAAGCUCCUGCAGCACCCGUUUGUGACGCAACCUCUCAGCCGGACGCUCGCCAUCGAGCUGCUAGACAAAGCCAACAACCCCGACCACAGCACGUUCAACGACUUUGAUGACGACGAACCGGAGCCUGAGUCUCCGGUUUCAGUUCCCCACCGAAUUCGCUCCACCAGCAGGAGCGUGAGGGAAGGAAAGACGCUGUCGGAGAUCAAUUUCGACCAGGUGAAGUUUAACCCGCUGUUGGAGAAGGAAACGCAGCCGCAUCACAAACCGUGUGAUUCUGAGCCCUAUCUGGACUGUGUUGAGGAGCUCUACUAUACAGCGAGAUCUAAUCUGGAUUUGCAGUUGGAGUACGGCAGCGAUUCACCGAGUCUGCUAGGAGGAAAUAAGAGUCUUCUCAAAUCUGUAGAGGAGGAGCUCCAGCAGAGGGGCCAUGUGGCACACUUAGGGGAUGAUGAGGAUGAUGAUGGUGCAGAUGAUGAUGAUGAAACUCACACUCAUAAAUCCAGCACUAUCAUCAGGCCCAAGGUCCCGCCCCCUCUUCCUCCUAAGCCCAAGUCUGUUUCCUCAUCACCACAUCCUCCACACAAACAAGAAGAUAGCCACUCCCACAGCGAGGAUGACAGCGGAGGAGGCACCAUCAAACGCUGUCCCGCCCCAGAGUCGCCGAGCCCCGCCAAGCCGCCCUCCAACGUCCCCCCCAGGCCUCCACCCCCCAAGCUGCCACCCCACCGCCGCAGUAGUCUAGGUAACGGCCUGAACUCCCCUCACAACGGCGAGAGGGAGGGGGCAGCAGAGAAACAGUCCACGAUGCCCCCUAGUGUCCCUGUGCGGAAAGACAAGAAGGAUGUUGUGAAGCCUGUUAGCAACGGUCUCCCCCCAACACCAAAAGUACAUAUGGGUGCGUGUUUCUCUAAGGUGUUUAACGGCUGUCCUCUGAAGAUCCACUGCGCCACCUCCUGGAUUAACCCCGACACCAGAGAUCAGUAUCUGAUCUUUGGAGCUGAAGAAGGAAUCUACACGCUGAACCUGAACGAGCUGCACGAGACCACCAUGGAGCAGUUGUUCCCCCGGCGGUGCACGUGGCUGUACGUCAUGAACAACUGUCUGCUCUCCAUAUCUGGAAAAGCCUCCCAGCUGUACUCCCACAACCUGAGCGGGCUCUUCGAACAGGCCCGGCAGUUACAGAAGUUACCCGUCUCCAUUCCCACACACAAACUCCCCGAUAAGAUCAUUCCAAGGAAGUUUGCUGUGUCUAAUAAAAUUCCAGACACUAAAGGAUGCCAGAAGUGCUGCGUUGUCCGUAACCCGUACACGGGUCAUAAAUACCUGUGUGGAGCCUUCCAGUCCAGUGUCAUGCUGUUGGAAUGGGUGGAGUCUAUGCAGAAGUUCAUGCUCAUUAAGACCAUCGACUUCCCGCUGCCGUGUCCACUGGAGGUCUUUGAGAUGCUGGUGGUCCCGGAGCAGACGUACCCCCUGAUCUGCGUGGCGGUCAGCAAAGGAAACGAGCUGAAUCAAGUGGUCCGGUUUGGCACCGUAAACCCAAACGCUACCUCCUCAUGGUUCCCAGAAUCAGAUACGCUGCAGACCUGUGUGAUCCACGUCACGCAACUGGAGAGGGACACCAUCCUCGUCUGCCUCGACAGAUGUAUAAAGAUAGUGAACCUCCAGGGCCGGUUGAAAUCCAGCCGGAAAUUAUCAGCCGAGCUCACCUUUAACUUCCAGAUUGAAGCCAUAGUUUGCCUCCAAGACAGUGUACUGGCCUUCUGGAGACACGGCAUGCAGGGGCGGAGCUUCAAGACCAAUGAGAUCACUCAGGAGAUCUCUGACAGCACUCGUAUCUUCAGACUACUGGGAUCAGACAGACGAACUGACGGUAGAGAUCCAGACACUGAAGAGAGAGGCGUCACUCACCGCAGGGUGGUGGUGCUGGAGAGUCGACCCACAGACAACCCCACGGCCCACAGCAACCUCUACAUCCUGGCCGGCCACGAAAACAGCUACUGAGACUCCCCGCGCUCCCUGAACGCCUCGUGACGGGAGCAGCUGGUACCCCCCCAUACACUCAGACCGCCUCCACCCCUCUGACCAGGAGGUGAACCGUGUUUCAUCUCCAGCUCGGUUCACGUGAAGGCGGAGACGAUUCUCAUCCGGCAAAGGUCGCCUUUGUCGACAGACUGCACUCUGGGGGAAAAAAAACGAAGAUCUUGUUAACACUAAACCUGCUUUGAGCUGAAACGGCUGCUCGCGCUAAAGCCUCACAGCAGACUAGUCCUCCCUCUCCUCUUCCCCCUGUUUUUUUCUUUUUUAGCGGUCCCUUUAUUUAUUGUGGCAUGACGUAAACAACCAGCCAGAACGGCGUUCCUCCUUUAGUUCCUGGUUAUUCUUUUUUAGAAAAAACAGAAAAAACACCGUCACUACUCCAGUACCCAUCACCACACAAGUGCUUAACCAACCUCUAUUUAAUUGUUGUAAAUAAAUGUAAUAAUAAUAAUGUAGUAUUUUUGGAAGAACACUAAGAGUCUGUGUGGACGGCGUGGAGACGAGCGGGUUCGGACAUGAGGACCCCGGCUGCUCGCUUUCAUCACUUCCUGCUCGUUUGCACCGUAGCGACCGUUGUCAGGGCAGCGGAGGUCUGUCCGUGUAAAACUCUUUUGUUUGAUUUUUUUUUAAAUGCUGUUUUAAUCAGACGUUUUUGUUCUAAAUGCUUCCUUUUUUAUUUUGCAUUAAACCACUGGUGUUAAAGUUUUGCACAGAGAGAAAUGUAUUUCAUGAACAAAUGUGAUGUCAUUAAAACAUAUGACCUUGUGUGAGCGCGUGGACGCGGAGCGCCGCGUACA